AUGAGAGAGAUUAUCCAUAUAUCUACUGGUCAGUGUGGUAACCAGAUUGGUGCCGCAUUUUGGGAAACUAUCUGUGGUGAACAUGGCCUGGACUAUAACGGUAACUACCAUGGAACUGAGGAAAUCCAAAGAUCGCGUCUAGGCGUUUACUUCAACGAGGCCUCUAGUGGUAAGUGGGUCCCAAGAUCUAUCAAUGUCGAUUUGGAACCAGGUACUAUCGAUGCCGUGCGUACUUCUAACAUUGGUAACUUGUUUAGACCUGACAACUACAUCUUCGGCCAAUCCUCUGCUGGUAACGUUUGGGCUAAAGGUCACUACACAGAAGGUGCCGAAUUGGUUGACUCGGUGAUGGACGUCAUUAGACGUGAAGCCGAAGGUUGUGACUCUUUGCAAGGUUUCCAGAUCACACACUCCUUGGGUGGUGGUACCGGUUCAGGUAUGGGUACCUUACUGAUAUCUAGAAUCAGAGAAGAAUUUCCUGAUAGAAUGAUGGCAACAUUCUCAGUCUUGCCAUCUCCAAAGACUUCUGACACUGUUGUCGAACCAUAUAACGCCACUCUGUCUGUUCACCAAUUAGUCGAGUACUCAGAUGAAACUUUCUGUAUCGAUAACGAGGCUCUAUACGAAAUUUGCCAAACAACUUUGAAGUUGAAUCAACCAUCUUACAAUGACCUAAAUAAUCUUGUGUCAAGUGUUAUGUCUGGUGUUACCACCUCUCUACGUUACCCAGGUCAAUUGAACUCCGAUCUGAGGAAACUGGCCGUCAACUUGGUUCCUUUCCCAAGACUGCAUUUCUUCAUGGUUGGCUAUGCACCACUAACAGCCAUUGGCUCCCAGUCCUUUAGAUCAUUGACUGUGCCUGAGCUAACCCAACAAAUGUUCGACUCAAAGAAUAUGAUGGCUGCUGCUGACCCAAGAAAUGGUAGAUAUCUAACCGUGGCAGCUUUCUUCAGAGGUAAAGUUUCUGUCAAGGAGGUCGAAGAUGAGAUGCACAAGGUUCAAACUAAGAACUCUUCAUAUUUUGUCGAGUGGAUUCCAAACAAUGUACAAACCGCUGUUUGUUCUGUUCCUCCAAAAGAUUUGGACAUGUCUGCCACAUUUAUUGGUAACUCUACCUCUAUCCAAGAACUAUUUAAAAGAGUUGGUAACCAAUUCAAUGCCAUGUUUAACAGAAAGGCGUUUUUACACUGGUAUACUAGCGAGGGUAUGGAUGAAAUGGAAUUCACAGAGGCUCAAGCUAAUAUGACCGACUUAGUAAAUGAAUAUCAACAAUACCAAGAAGCUACUGUGGAGGAAGAAAUAGAGGAAGGUGCUGAGUACAUAACGGAAGAACAGCCAAUGCCUGAAACUUUUGAUUAA